ACAGUCUGUAUGUUAGGCUACCUACUGUUAAGGGACACGGUGAUGUGAACUCCCGCCUUGGUUAUCUUGACUCUGACGAACACGUCUUUGGUACCGCGGAAGUGUCAUUCAUUUACUGGAAAUGUUUGCUAUCAGGAAGAGUCGCAGCUGCAGAAAAUAGCAAGCUCCCCGAGGUCUCCACAUUUGGUGCAUUCAUGAAGGAAGAAGAAUGCGUCUUGGGAUACUGAUUUUUGUGAUUUUUUACUUAGGCGUUUGUCUAGGUGAUGUUGGUGGACCUGUCCAAGGGGGUGUUGGGUCAAAUGAAAAGCCUACCAACACUGAGAAGAAAACUGUGACGACAAAACCUGAACCUGAACCUGAAUCAGCAGGUUUUGACAAAAAUGGUGCAGAUAAGGCUCCACAACAUUUCACAGCAGAGAGAGGUAGCGGUAAUGCAGCAGGAAAAGUAAUCUCCUCUGCAAAGGAAGAUGCAGUCACUGGAAAGGAUGACCAUGCCAUGAGUGAAAAUGCAGUCACGGAAGACGCAGGAAAGGGUGGCUCCACAGCAAAUAGAGAAGCAGCAAAGAAUGGUUCCGCAGGAAAUGGAGAAGCAAGAAGGAAUGGUUUUGCAGGAAAAGCAGAACCAGGAAAGAGUGGUUCAGCAGGAAAUGUAGAAGCAGGGGAUGGUGGUUCUGCAGGAAAAGCAGAACCAGGAAAGAGUGGUUCAGCAGGAAAUGUAGAAGCAGGGGAUGGUGGUUCUGCAGGAAAAGCAGAACCAGGAAAGAGUGGUUCAGCAGGAAAUGUAGAAGCAGGGGAUGGUGGUUCUGCAGGAAAAGCAGAACCAGGAAAGAGUGGUUCAGCAGGAAAUGAAGAACCAGGAAAGAGUGGUUCAGCAGGAAAUGUAGAAGCAGGGGAUGGUGGUUCUGCAGGAAAAGCAGAACCAGGAAAGAGUGGUUCAGCAGGAAAUGAAGAAGCAGGGGACGGUGGUUUCACAGGGAAAGGAGAAGCAGGAAAGAGUGUUACAGCAGGAAAUGAAGAACCAGGAAAGAGUGGUCCAGAAGGAAAUGUAGAAGCAGGGGACGGUAGUUCAACAGGGAAAGCAGGAAAGAGUGGUUCAGCAGGAAAUGAAGAAACAAGAAAGAGUGGUCCAGAAGGUAAUGGAGAAGAGGGAAAGAGUGGUUCAGCAGGAAGUGGAGAAGCAGGAAAGAGUGGUUCCGAAGGAAAUGGAGAAACAGGGGAUGGUGGUUCCGCAGGGAAAGGAGAAGCAGGAAACCGUGGUUCAGCAGGAAAUGGAGAAGCAGGAAAGACUAAAGGAGAGAUACUCUCUAUCGACUCCAACAGCUCAGGGAAACAUGUAGAUGAUGCAGAAAGCAGCCAUUUCUUUGCUUACCUUGUCUCUACUGCAACACUGGUGGCAUUACUCUACAUUGGAUACCACAACAAACGAAAGAUCAUUGCAUUUGUAGUAGAGGGAAAGAGAUCAAACUCCACACGGAGAACAAAAAGCGGAAAAUAUCAGAAGCUUGAACAACAGAUUUGAAGUAUUAGCUCUUGGUGACUGAAAUGAGUCCUGCCAGCCAUAGGAGUUGUUUAUACGACCAAUUCUGUAGGUCCAGCAAAGCUGACCAGUACUUUGCCAUAGUUGUGGCAUCAUCCAUCAGAAGCUCCAGAUAAAGUGGACAGAACUACAAUAAUGUUGCACUAAUGUUACAAUUCGUUCACUGUGCAAUGAAAGAUUUAUAGUAUUCUAGUUCUGUAACAAAUUUCCCUCAAGUGUUGUGUCCAGGUAAUUCUUUUUGGCAUAGUAGGUGUUGUGUCCAGUUAAUUUACGAAGCCUAGGAUUAGUAAGAGUUAUUUUAAAAGCCAUUUAGCAUUCUAAAGUUUGAUCAUUUUGCCUUUGAAAAUAAAUGUAUUAGUGUGUGUAGAUAUUUUAUACGUUAUAAUAGGUAUAAUAAGGAUGCCUUAUAUGACAUGACAUGUUCAGGAAUAUGAAAGAGAGGUGUAUGUAUUGAGUGUUUUGCACAUUCAGGGGAAUGCCUUUUGACCAGAGAAAGAAUUAGGUUUGACUCAGGGGGCUUUCGAAGCCGGAGGGAUUUGAGAGUGCGUGCGUGUGUGUGUGAGAAAAAUGUUUGUUUGAGGCUGCCUCUGCCAAAUGAAUGUAACAAGAGUGGUUUUAAUUGCACGGAUGAAAUGAUUUUGCUGAACUGUGCCCUUCACUAUGUAUGGAGAGACUCUAUCUGAUGGAGUAUUACCUGCAUUGAGGUUUCUUUUCCCCCCAGACACUGUACCUGCCAUGGUUUUUGACAGAAGUGCUGCGAGAUAUCUGAAUGCAAAUUUCCUCCUUACUGGGGGAAGUUCCUGUUAGAUAAUUUUGAGAAGACAUUUGAAAACCACUAAACUAGGCAUUUGCAUAUGUAAUGAAAGCACGCCUGCACAGAAGGUUCAGGGGCACGUUGUUGUACUUCUGUUUUCUUUUGUUUUUUUCGGUUUUGUUCUUUUUUUAUGUGCAUAAUUUUAAGCGUCUGCUUAUUUUCUGAAGCUCUUUUCAAUUGCAACAAUAUAGAAUAGCAUUUUUUUUUGGAUGGUGUUCUGUUCACAAUCUCCUUUGUUCAGAUGUAUUCUCUGUGGCAUCAGCAGUCUUCUAGUGUCCUUCAGUGCUACAGUUACCUUCCGAAGCAAUACAAGUGCCAAGCUACUGCCUGUGGUUACUAGAGUACAGCCAAAAUAACAUGCACCAUUACAUCUUCAUGUACCAAACAGCAUUUCAUACAUUAAUUAUUGUUGUUCCUUUAGGAAAAUAUUGCGAUAUCACGAUCAGUUUCUCUCAGCUGUUUACCUGAAAGAAAGGUAGCUGUGAGUAUCCUAAGAGUGUGUGUAUUUAUUAAAUCACAAGAAAUCCACAAGCAUUUUAGACGCUAAGCCUAUUAGUAACUGUUUACAAUAUAACUGGUUUUAAGUACAUGUCAAGUGAAAAAGAAACAUUGCUGAUUGCAGGUGGUUUUAUGCUAGUAUUCUGCACAGUUCUGAUUGGUCUUUGGUCCAGGAAGUCCAGGUUUCUGCUAUGUGUAAAAUGUACCUCUUAGUUUCAAGGUAACCUAAUGUGCAUGAUUUAACGUGCUGCCCAUUGGAAAUGUGGUCUUUAUCUCCCAGGUAUGAUCACUGGAAUUGUGCCAAACAGGACUACUGUCUUGAAGGUUUUUGUUUGUUUGUUUGUUUGUUUGUUUGUUUCAUUCAAAUAGAUUCCAAGCAGUGCUAAAAUUGAACAUAAGAGAGAGACAUUGUUGGCGUUGGUGUUGGUGUAAAACUAUGAAUCCCUUUAUCUCUGAUGUUUUUUUUUUUUUUUUUUUUUUUACUUAUUUUGCACACAAGAGUUUUGACAUAUUUUUUAGCCGGCACAUUGCUUUCUGUAUAGCACUGGCUUCUGUCACUUUUAACUUUUUGAAUGCUGGACCAGUUUUAAAAUCCCACAGGCUAAUGGUUUUGUACAAGUCUUGAUGCCACAAUUUUUCCUCUGAAAAAAAAAAGAUAAUUCACUCCAUAAUGAACUGAAUAAAGAUGUUUUCAUGUA